UCGUUGCCGUACCGUGGCUCGACCAAAGAUGUUCUAUAAAGACAAGAUAGAACGCUAUUUUAGAAACUUUAAUAUCUUUGGUAUGUGCUUACUAUUCUCUGAGUGAAAUUAAUUUGUGACAUUGUUCCAAUUCAGAAUAUAUACACCAUUUGAUUCACCGAGCGAAAGCAUUUUUAUUUGUCUACAGCCAUUUUGCUCAAGUCGCUCACGAACUGCAACCAGGAAGCCAAAACCGGCCGCACCAAUGGUAUUCGAAAACGUCACUCGAUACGGAAGUACUACCCGCAUGCUCGGAACAUCAUCCAUCUCCUGUGUGACCCACCUUAUCACUAUGACAUUGUGGUUGACAGUCGUGAUACUCAAGCAACAAUGAGGUUAAUUGUGAGCUGAGUCCUGUGAAGAUGUUUCGGCUCCAGGGUGUAGGCCUCUGCUUCCGAAGGUUCCUUCAUAAGGUCCCAGUGAACCACGACCAGGUUCUGGAGCAGUUGCGGAUCUGCUCUGCCGAAGCCCAUGUAUUUGAGGCUGUUGGUAAGAACAAGACCAAGCUCACCGUGGACCAUGUGAGUUUGGCCGUGAAGAUGCUGUGGUACUUCCAGAAAGAGAAACCACAGUUGUUGAGAACAGUCGAGCUCAUCAAGAGUCACCCGCAGUUCCUGACACUUUGUGUUCUGGCUGAGAACAAAAUUGCUCUCAUGGAUGAUUUUAUGUUGGUGGACUUACUUUAUAGUUUUCUCAGGCUGAAUGUGGAUCCUCAUGAAUCGCUUGUUCAGCAGUUGGUUUCAGAGGCAUGGUUAAGAUUACACAAACUUCCAAUGGCAUCCCUGUCCAAGUUCGCCAUCUGCCUUACUGAUCAACAACUUCACCAAAGUCCUCUGAUGGGCCACAUCACUAGUAUUGUGGAUCAGAAGUUAUCAUCCAUCAAUGAUGCCAGGAUCCUUACUACGUUACUCAUUAGCGUGUCAUCCCUGGUGUCUCCUCGUCUACGGGACGCCCUCAUUAGUCGAGCGGACCACCUCCUGGACAAGAUGGAUCCGUCGAAUUAUAAUAACGCUCGAAGAGUGGUGCAAUUCCUGCGCAAUAUAAAGUAUAGCCACAGGCCUCUGCUGGAGAAAUGUAACCAGAUCCUCUUGCGCAACAUUCCCAGACUGGACGCAGAGAACAUCAGCAUUUGCAUGGGGCUGUAUCAAUCCCUGCAGUUUAACAACUGCGACUUCAGGCUGGCAGUGAGACAACGGCUGACGGAACUCAUUGAUUCUAGCACCGACCCAUUCUCUUUUACUAAACUGUUUGCUGCGCUGGCACCCAUGGCCAGUCUGGAGGUCAGAGACAGUUUGGAGAGCACGGCUCUCCUGUUGGCUGAUGAGUUCAGCGCACAGCAGGCAUUGGCCAUCACUGAAACACUGGAAGAGAUUCAGAGCAGGAACCUGAGCUUGAUAAACAAAAUUGUAUCAGUAAUCCAAAGAAACCUUCAUGUCUAUAAGCCAGUGGAGGUCGGCAGAAUCACGCAAGCCCUUUAUCUGUUGCAUUAUCAGAAUCCAGAACUCUUCAACAAAUUAAGAAACAUCUUGGUCAAAUUUUUAGAGCGCAGCAUCUUCCCCUAUGAAGUGACCAUGUUGACCCGCAUUCUGUCCAUGCUGCCUUCGACGCGGCUGGAGGAAGGAGUGAUCUCGCGGGUGGACGCGGUGAUGUCCCAGUGCAACCUCAACGACCUCAGCAGCAUUUCCUUAGCCUUCGCCAAGUGGGUGCGCAACGACAUGUCGUACCGCCACGGCACCCCCAGCAAGUACGUGCGGCUGCUGCAGAGCCUCAACCGCUGCGGCCACGAGAGGCUGCAGACGGCGGACCGGCUGGACUUGCUGCUUGAGGAGCUCAGGUACAUUUCGGGGGAGUGGUUCGAGGAAAUGCUGCUUGAAGAGACCAUGGCCACGCUGCAGAGGAUGAUGGAUCAAAUAAGCUGGACGAACGUGCCGGAUCUGUCCCUCUUCUUAACCAGGACAAAUCAUCUCUGCGCUCCCUUGAUGGAGCGUAUUGCUAAUGUGGCCAUUAGAGACAUUGACAAGAUUCACCACUCAGCAACAUAUGCCACUCUGCUCCCGUUUUCUGUCCUCAAUUAUGAUUCGGAAAGUGCAGACAAGCUGUACGACGUUUGCUUACGGCGUUUCACUCCUCAUAUAAGCUCCUUUGAACCCCAUCUACUGGUUUUGCUGGCCUUCUCCCUGGCAGUAGCAGACUGUUUUCCUGAGGAUCUCAUCAGAGAAAUCUUCAGCAUAGAUUUUCUCGGAAAGCUCGACGCUCAGCUGGAAAUGCUACCCGAUGCCCUGAACAUGCGAACUCGACUGCGUCUCAUGGAGCUCAAUCGCGCCGUGUGUCUCGAGUGUCCCGAAUUUCAGGUCCCAUGGUUUCACGAGCGCUACUGCCAAAAGCUGCAAAAGAAAGGAAUUGGUUCUAUCAGUCCUGUGCAAAAGCAAAUCCACAAAAUGUUGGGGGAAGUCCUUGGCGGUAUUAACUUUGUCCGAGUUGCGGAGGUCACGCCAUAUUUUUACACGAUAGACUUUGAAUGCAUUCUGAACAAGCAGCUACUGCCAUUGCCGUACAGAGAGCCGAGUGCUCUGCAAAUCUCGGAUAAAGGAAAGAUCCGCUGGGGCUCGAGCUCACUGGAGAAUGUCAGGAACGAGCUUCCACCUGGAGCCCAGCGUGUUGCUGUUAACUUCCUUGAUUUCAAGUCCUUCUGCAAAAAUUCCCACCAUACAAAAGGGGAGGCCCUAAUGAGGAAACGGCACCUUGAAAUUUUGGGAUAUCGUGUUGUUCAGAUCCCUCACUUUGAAUGGAACUCUAUGGAGCUUUCUACACUGGAUGCAUGGAAGGAAUACCUCAAGAAGAAAAUAUUUAGAGAGCAUUUGCCCUGAAGGCCUUAUUUAUUGAAAUAAAAUUUUUAAAGUCAACAUAUUUUGAGCCUUGUAAUGAGAAUUUCCUCAAAUGUUUCAUCAAGUGCUCCUUAUUCAUAUUAAGAAACCAUGACUAUGA